AAACGGUGCGGGUCCGCCUUGGGGACGAGGAUCCACGGUGCGGCUCCGCCCUGGGGACUGGGCUCCACGAUGCGGCUCCGCCCUGGGGACCGCCUCCUACAGGCCGCAGCCCCGUUUCCUAUGGCUCUCGGGUGACCGGCGGAAAGUGUCCCGGAACCGAGUAUCAGGGCCCGGUCUGGGGCAUCCGUCUGUUUCCGCAAGCAGCGGCCAAGCCGGCAGGCCCGAGCCUCGGACUCCCGCACGCCCACAGCCCCGUGGAGGGCUUCCCCGAUGCAGUGGCACCGCUCCUGCAGCAGUUCCCAGAUGCCGUGAGGCAGAGCUGCAGCUGCUGUGGAGCAGUGCGAGGGUCCAGGAUUGGGCUCCACUGGGGGCCUGGCACUGGGUUCCAGCUUGGACCCCGGGGUGCAGCAUGCGUGAGGAGCGUCGGUGGGAGUGCGGACCGGACUGAGCGAUGACUGAGAGCCCGCUGCGGGGGAAGACGUUCUACUGCCGGGAGUGGGCCCUGCAUAAGCUGCAGCACCACCUGGAUGCCUGCUCCAGUGGCCAGAGCAGGGGGGUUCUCAUUACCGGUGGUCCUGGCAGCGGCAAGACAGCGCUCUGCACCGAGGUGCUGUGGCCGGAGUCCGAGCACGGCCAGCGGUCUGAGCUGUCCACCAGGGUCCUGGCCCACCACUUCUGUCAGGCCCAGGAUGUCAGGACCCUGUCGGUCAGCGGCUUCGUGCUGAGCCUGGUGCGACAGAUCGAGAGGUGCUCGCUGCUGCAGGGCUACCGGGACAGGCUGGAGGACAGCGGCGUGCGGACUGCACUGGAGCCCAGCGAGUGUGAGAGGAAUCCCGACGAGACCUUCAAACGGGCUGUUCUCCUGCCGCUGUUGGACCUGCAGCCACCGAGCCAGGGUCUGCUGUUGCUGGUGGACUCCAUCGAUGAGGGCGAGACUGGUCGUGAGGGUGAGUGGAAAGCGUGUGAGCACAGCUGCAGCAUCGGUGACCUCCUGUCCCAACACCGGCAGCUCCUCCCCACCUGGUUACUGCUGGUCUGCACCGCCCGCAGGCUCGGCCCCACCGCCAGCCACCACUUCCCAGGCUUUCGCAAGUUGUGCCUGGACGACCUGCGGCGGUCACACGUGGUGCGAGACGUGCAGCAGUACAUCCUGAGCCGGCUGGACCGCGAGGAGACCCUGCGCCGCCACCUCAGCCGCGACACGGCCGAGAUGCUGAACCAGCUGCACAUCAAGAGCACCGGCUGCUUCCUGUACCUGGAGCGGGUGCUGAACGGCGUCCUGGACGGCUUCAUCGCCCUGCGGGAGAUCCGCCACAUCCCCGGCACCCUGUACGGCCUGUAUCUCUGGAUUUGUCAGCGCCUCUUCACCCGCAAGCUCUUCGCCCGCGUCCAGCCGAUUCUCAACGUGCUGCUGGCAGCCCGCCGGCCGCUCACUCCGCGCCAGCUCUUUGAGGCGGUGUGGAGCCACUAUGGCAGCCUGACGGCGGCGGAGUUCGAUCAGCGGCUGGAGGCCGUGGCACGGCUGUUGCGGGCCGGGCCGAACGACACCCGCCUUCUCUUCCACCACAGCUUCGCCGAGUGGCUCCUGGACGUGAAGCACUGCACGCAGCGGUUCCUGUGCGACGCGGCGCAGGGUCACGCUAUGCUGGCCAUGGGCCUGAGCCUGCAGGCCCGAGGUCUCGGCCCGGCCGAGGUGCUGGAACUGGCUCUUCACCUGGUGCGCUCGAGGCUGCUGGCCGAGCCCUGGGGCCUGGCCCUGUGGAUGGUGUGGUGCGGGGUGCCGGUGGGCCGGGAAGCGCUGGCUUGCGGCCCGCCUGUCGAACAGGAGGUGAUCCAGUUGCUGUUGAAGGCUGGCGUGUAUGGGGGCGAGCCCGAGCCGGGGCCGGCGCUCCUGCACCGAGCGCUGGAGCGGGAGGACUCGCUGCGUGCGCUGUUGGAGAGCGGGGCCAGCGUGCACCAUCGGGACGCUGGCGGCCGCACACUGCUGGCCAGCGCCGCGCACACAGGUAACCUGGAAGUCGUUCAGCUCCUGCUGGCGCGCCAGGCCGAGCUGGAGACACAGGACGACCGCGGCCGGUCGCCCCUCAUCACUGCUGCCCGCAUGGGCCACGCCCGGGUGCUGCACUGCCUGAUGGCGCACGGCGCCGACGUAAACCACGCCGACCGAGAGGGCUGGACGGCGCUGCGGGCCGCUGCCUGGGGUGGGCACGCGGAGGCGGUGAGCGCGCUCCUGGAGGCGAGCAGCGCACAGGUGGACAGCGCGGACGCUGAGGGCCGGACCGCGCUCCGGGCCGCCGCCUGGGGUGGCCACGAAGACAUCGCGCUGGCAUUGCUGCAGCACGGAGCCGACGUGAACCGCGCCGACCGCGAGGGCCGCACGCCGCUCAUCGCUGCCGCCUACAUGGGCCACCGGCAGAUGGCGGAGAUCUUGCUGCAGCACGGCGCCCGCGUCAACCACCGCGACUGUGAUGGGCGCUCGGCCCUCUCGGUGGCCGCCCUCUGCGUGCCCGCCUCCCGCGGCUACGCCGGCGUGGUGGGCCUGCUGCUGGACUGGGGCGCCGAGGUGGGGCAGCGUGACCGCGAUGGGCUCAGCCCGCUGCUGCUGGCCGCGCUCGAGGGCCACGCCGACGUGGUGGAGCUGCUGCUGGAGGCCGGCGCCGAUGUGGAGGACACAGACAGCGCCGGGCGCUCGCCGCUGCUGGCCGCGGCCUCUGCGGGCCACGUCGCCACGGUCAGCGCGCUGCUGCUGUGGGGCGCGGAGGUGGACGCGGUGGACGGGGAGGGCCGGACGGCGCUGGGCGUGGCGGCCUCCCAGGGCAGCGCCCGGGUGGUGCGGGCGCUGCUGGACCGGGGCCUGGACGAGAACCACCGGGACCAUCUGGGCUGGACGCCCCUGCACUCGGCCUGCUUCGAGGGCCACCACGCCGCCUGCCGGGCGCUGCUGGAGCAGGGCGCCCGCGUGUCCGAGCUGGACAGCGAAGGGAGGGUGCCGGCCAUCCUGGCCGCCCAGGAGGGUCACGGGGAUUGCCUGCGGCUGCUGCUGGAGUACGGGUCGCCAUUGGAGGCGCGGGGUUACGACGGCCGCAACACCCUGUGGGCGGCGGCUCUGGCUGGGCACGGCGACCUGGUCCGGCUGCUGCUGGCCAAGGGGGGGAGCGCGGGGGGGAGCGACGCGGACGGCCGGCCGCUGCUCUACCUGCUGGCGCUCGACGACCGGCUGGAGAUGGUGCGGCUGCUUCUGGAAGCGGCACGGCCCGAGCUGGAGGCGCGGGACGCGGAGGGGCGCACGGUGCUGCACGUGGCCUGCUGGCAGGGGCAGCUGGAACAGGUGCGGCUGCUCCUGAGCGCCGGCGCGCGGGUGGACGCGCUGGACAAGGAAAGGCGCUCGGCGCUGCACUCGGCCGCCUGGCGAGGCCAUGCCGGUGUCGCCGAGCUGCUACUGGAAAACGGAGCAGCGGUCGAUCACGCCUGCAACCAGGGCGCCACUGGCCUCUGCAUCGCGGCGCAGGAGGGCCACGCGGGCGUGGUGCGGCUCCUGCUGGAUAAGGGCGCCCACCCUAACCACGCAGACUGCUACGGCCGCACUCCCAUGCGGGUGGCCGCGCGGCGCGGGCAUACGGACAUUAUGCGGCUGCUCGAGAGCUACGGCGCACCGGCCUUCAAUGGGUACCUGGAGCCGGAGCCGGGGCCGGGGCCCGGGCCCAGGGUUCCCAGCUCCCACAGCUCGCCCUCCGGCUCACCCAGCUCCACGGUGGGGCCCCGCCACUCGCCGGCCUCCAGCAGCUCGCAGGCCUCGUCCACCGGCCACUCGCUCGCUACCGCCCAGACCGUCCCGAUCGACAGGCUCAGCUUCACCCAGCAGAUCCAGCAGCACUCGCUGCCGCGGAGCCGGGGCCGACGCCCGUCCCUCGCUUCACCCGACUCCACCCUCCCCGGCUACGGACCUACGACACUCUCCCCACAGCCGGAGGUAGCACCGUCCCCCGGCACAGCGCCAGUGUCGGAGGAGAAGUGCAACGGGACGUAUGGCAGCAGCCCGGUCUACUCCCCACGGAAAGGGGGACUGGCGCCCCAGGUCCGGCCAGAGCCACUAAUCGACAUCACCACGCUGGACCCCGAGCUGAACCUGAAGCAGGCCGUCAAACUGCGCUUCGAGGGCCCGAGCAGCGGACUCAUCUGCAAGAAGGAGACCCCGUUGUGAUGGGCUGCAGGUCGGUGGGCUCCGGCCGGACGAGGGCCGUUUUCUCCUGCCUCGGGCUGCUGCUGCUCAUGCCCUGCGUGAGACAGUCGUUUCCUGCACUGAAUCACGGACAGUCCUCCGAGGAAAAACACUACGCAGUUCAGGAACCUGAGGAACUCACUCAGUAAUCUGCUUUCGAGAUGUAUAGUGUAAUAUAUAUGGCAAACUGUGGUAUGUUUAACACCGGUGUGUGGUGUUAAACAGUCCGUAAAAGUAUUCAGGGCUUCUCCUGAUAUAAUCAGGAUGCAAUUUUUAACUUUAUUUCUUUUGAAACACUCCCAAGAAGUGAAUAUAAAGUAUUGAGCUGGGGUCACGCCCCUGGUAACGGUCAGCCUCGCAGGACAUGGGGGGCCGGUGCAGUGUGGUAUCGAAGGCCCUUUCCCGUGGCCAUCAUCAGUGACAGUUCCCCGGCAGAGCCACGUACGGUCCAGUACGACAGGCCAGUGUCUGGGUCAAUGAGAUCAGUUGUUCGGUUCGGGAGGAUGUUUUAUCUUCAAGGGGAAGUGCUGCGUUUUGCAGGGAUGGACUGUGGUAAAGAGAUGUUUGUUGAAGGGUAUGUGUGAAGACAGGGUUACGUCUGUGGGAACAGUCUGUAUUUAGAAGGCUGGCUGUGUAUGUACAGGGGCUUCCCCACUGGGUUUGGGCAAUCAUAGUACGUUAUAACCAAGUCUUCCAGUACCACUUUCCCCCAGACCCUUCGGCAAUUACCCCACUCACUCACAUCACGAGAUGGGUGGGCAAUAAACUGCAGUGGGAGAAGGACUGUUAUGGUCACACAGGACAGCUGUGAUCCUUGCCCACCACCCCUCACCCUGCACCCCACCCC